UAGAAGAGUCACUAACGCCAAUUUUGCAUUCUUGUUUGAACAUAUAGGUGCCCGUUAAAUUUGGAGCCUAAUAAAAAGGGCAUGAGAGAGCGGUGAAGAGAAGGGAGAGGAAAGAGCGAAACGACUGAAGCGGCAGAAGAGAACAGAAACUGUACGAGCGCUGGUAGUGGGAUGGCCUUCACCACCAUCGCUGCAGAGCCGCGGCUAAUGGGAAUUUUCACAAACGCCUAGUGGGCAUUUGAAGAAUACAAGUUCCCGCCGAUUGAGGUGGAAGCCAUAUUCUAUAUGAGAUUUUCAUUCCUUCGCGGCGGUGGAAUCUCGGGAGGAGGCCUUAUCCCUACUUUUCAGUGGGCGAUUACGGCGAUCGGAGAGAGGGGUGGUGGCAUGGGGUUGGCGGCGGACACCAGAGUCCGUUGCCAGAGAGGGAGAGGAAAGAAGGAUGUGGUUGUGGUGAUCAUGGGCGCGACAGGGACGGGGAAAUCGAAGUUGUCCAUUGACGUUGCAGAGCGGUUCUCGGGGGAGGUGGUGAACGCUGACAAAAUCCAGGUCUACCGCGGCCUCGAUGUUACCACAAAUAAGAUGCCGAUUCCUGAUCGGCGCGGCGUGCCGCACCAUUUGCUUGGUGCUCUGGAUCCUGCUGCCGGCGAGCUUCCGGCGGAAGGGUUUCGAUCUCUGGCUUCCGAUGCGGUGGAGGCCAUUACCACGAGGGGGAAGAUUCCAGUGAUCGCUGGGGGCUCCAACUCAUACAUCCAUGCGAUGAUGGUGAAUGGGUAUGAUCCCAGGAUCGACCCCUUCUCCGGACCGCCGGCGGGGAGGCAUCGGCUCCGCUACCGAAGCUGCUUGCUAUGGGUGGACGUAGAAGCAGCGGUACUUGAGAAGCAUCUGGACAGGCGGGUGGACGAGAUGGUAGGGUUGGGGAUGGUGGAGGAGCUGGAGAAAUACUUCGCCAGGGGAGAAGGAGAUCGGCAUCCCGGGUUAGGGAAGGCAAUAGGAGUGCCGGAGUUCACUGAAUACUUCAGGCGGAGAACGGCAUCAGCAUACGAGGAUGCAAUCAUGGCGAUAAAGGAGAACACGCGACGGCUAGCAGAGGAGCAGGUGAGGAAAAUAAAGCGGCUGGGUGAGAUGGGUUGGCCGCUGCAGCGAGUUGACGCAACGGCCACGGUGGCCGCUCGGCUGGCAGGCGACGGUAGUGCCGCGCAAGCGGCAGCCUGGGAGCGGGACGUCCUCUGUCCCAGCCUCCGCGCUGUUGAGAGAUUCCUCGAAGAUAGACUCGACGCAUCAGCAGCAACUCAAGUCAUAUAGCAAUCAAUCCGCGACUCGAACCCCUCGAGCUCAAUCGAUCGAUACUCUUCGACACCCACGCGCGCGCUAUUCUUCCCAUUUGAGAUAAAACAAACAAUGAAGCGAUGCAAAGUUGCAACGAAGCCGAAGAAAAAGUAAAAAAAUACAAAGAGAAAAAGGUGGCCGUGUAUCAUUAUCGUUAUAAUUUUGUUUUGUCGUUUAUCUGUUUUAUGGAAGCUCCAAUGAUCAGAGAAGAGAUGAGAAAUGUAGUGGAGAGAGAAGGAUAAUAUAAA